GUUCCGGAGCUGUAAAUGCCAAUUCGGGAGAGUUCGUGUGUAGUAGCUUCGCUGUCGCUCUGUUAAAAGGAGGCGCAGACUGCAGUAGUUUUACUAUUUGGUUCGUCGUGUGUGUUGUAUGGCCACGAUUGCACGAUGACUUGUCUUUAAUGUUACUGAUUUUUGUAUCGUUACGUCUCGGCGGGACACGAACAACUUCCACGGAGCCACCAGUUAAAUAAUUUUACUUUACAUAAUCAGCCUAGCAAAGUCGUCGGGUGAAAUAAACAAUUCUUCGCAGCAAAAAAAAGCAAACUCACCAAGCUAAAUAUAAACCAAAAAUAUAAUGUAAUGUUGAGAAAGUGCUGGUGUAGUGAUUGGCCCACCGCGCUCUGAUUCCGGAUACCAAACAAAAUCAUUUCCAGCAACGGCUAACAUCAGUGGCUUAGCUACAUCCGUGCCCCGAAUCCCACCAACGUGCACUCAUCAUCGUGGUGAAGUAUGGUCAACGUACCCCGAUAACCGAUACCGUAUUGGAUGCCUCUAUAUUGACAAAUGGGACACGUUAUGUAGAUUAAAAUAUUUUCCCCCAGUAGCAGGGAUCGGCCCAGCAGAGGUUCACAAAUCGAAAUCCAGCGGUCGCCCCGAUGAUUGGUAGGGCGGGUGUCAAUAACCAUAACGCUCCACGGUGGACGUUAAAGAUCCACUGAUGUAGUUCGCAAGGCGAGGCCGUUGUGUGCUAGGAGUCCAAAUUCGGAAAUUUCUCAAUUUAGAUUAUACACACAUCGGAAGACUAACCUGGGCAUCUAGUUUAAACAAAAUAGCCUUGAAUUCGUUGGCGCCACGGUGGCGAGAUGUUAACUACCUCGCCUGCUCUACAGGAGUAGGUGGGCUCGAUCCCGACUCCGACGCCGAUAUAUUUGCGGAGCUUCACGGGUGUGGAUUUACAACUGUAGUUGGAAACUUUGUGGAUUAUCUCUCCCAACAUACCGGUGUGUUGUAGAAGUAACGAAACCUUGUGGAUUAUCUCUCCCAACAUACCGGUGUGUAUUAGAAGUAACGAAUUGGCACGUUUUGCUUAAGUGACAAACCUGACUAAUUGGGUGUGGUGGGUUGAACGACAUAUUUACGCGCUCCAACCCAAAAAAAACCCCGAUUACUGCGUGUUUAACCUCUGAUCUGACAACGCUGGUUGCGGUGCUGGCGAUCCACGUGUUUUUCGUCAUCACCGUGUGGAUCGAGCGCAGCGGCUGGCACCAAAAGCAACAGCCAGGGCAGGGGAGCGAGCCCCGCAGCACGCGUCUCUGUGCUUUCAGGGCAGUGAACACAACACACGGAGCGAAGCCAUUCGACACAGCAGAGGAGGAGCCCAUGUCAUCGGCAGAAGAUGACGAAUAUUUUUUCAAACUGGCCCAGGAAAGCGACGACGCCGCAGCCGUGGCGCUGUCCAUUCACCUGCAGCAGCUGCAGCGGCGGCCACGAGAAUUGUCCGGCGGGGCGCAUGCGGCCACCAGCGGGUCCCCCGUGGCCACCAGCGGGUCCCCCGUGGCCACCAGCGGGUCCCCCGUGGCCACCGGAGCAACGGACGCCGCGGCCAGGCUGUCCCGGUUGGCCUCCCUGCGCAGGGGCUCUGCCCGCGACUCCCUGCUGCACUACGCGGGGCGCCUGGGGCGGCCUCGCUUUCUCGCCCUGCUCCUCGCCCCGCCGCUCGGCGCCGACCCCGAGGUCGCGAACCGCGAGCAAAAGAGGCCCCUGCACGAGGCCGCGGCGGCCGGGCACGGGCCCUGCGUGCGGCUGCUGCUGCGGCACGGGGCCAGGGUGGACAGCCUCAAGCGGGCGGACUGGACGCCGCUGAUGAUGGCCUGCACCCGUGCCGGCUCGCUGGACGUGGUUCGCGAGCUGCUGGCGCACGGGGCCAGCCUGUCGGUGCGCAACAAGGACGGCUGGAGUGCGCUGCACGUGGCGUGCCGCACGGGCGACUCGGCGGUGGUGGGCGCUCUGCUGGACGCGUCGCCCACAGCGUGGGGCACACGCAGCUCUGUGGGCCGCACUCCGCUCCACACCUCCGCCAUGCACGGCAACUUGGAAGUCACGCAGAUGUUGCUGGACAGGUGCGCGUUUGUGCCCGACGGCCGUGACAGCUGCGGAGUGACCCCGUUCGUUGACGCAGUGAGACAUGGCCACCUGGACGUGGCUCGGCUGCUCCUGGAGAAGCACCAGUCGGACGUGAGCGCCACCGAUGCCGUGGGCGCCCAGGCGCUGCACUUGGCCGCCGUCACCUGCCAGCUGGACGCUCUCCGCUUCCUCGUGGAGGAGCUGGGCGUGGACGUGAACGUGUGCGACGCUCGCGCCCGCCUCUGCGCCGUGCACUAUGCCGCCAAGGAGGGACACGUAAGCGCCAUAGAGACUCUGCGCUCCCUGGGGGCCGACCUGCACGCCACGGACGCCAAAGGCAGGACCGCGCUGCACGUGGCGUGCGCGGCUCAGCGCGCGGAGUGCGUGCGCGCAUUGCGCGCAGCCGGGCUGCUCAACGCGGAGGACGCGGAGGGGCGGACCCCUCUCUCCCUCGCGCAAAAACCUCCUGUCGUCAGCGCCAUGGAGGAGCCCAGUUGAGGAGCGCCACUCGCACGCCGCCAAACGAGCGGUGUCCCCUUCUCGCUCGUACGCGCGUGUACACCCGUGCGCGCGCACCGAAAGCCGCAGCGUUUCUGGGAGACUCGACCGGGGACACGCGGUGGUGAACGAGACAGGGACCCCCUGCGACGACCAUCAGCGCCUCCCACUUUUACAUAGCCAAGCCCACUCGGUCACUAUCCCAGUGCACACAGUGAGCCGAUUGGCUUUCUCACGUUGGUCAUAGGCCAAACUCACGCCACUGACAACCCCACCCACUAUUCAGAUAGCCCUGCGCUUUGCCCAUACCACCGCUCUCUGGAUAAGGCUAUCACAAUUUUAAGUCGGAACAAAUUCGGCCCUCCAUUUGUAGCAUGUGCAGACCUUUGUGAAUCCACUGCUGGUUGAGGGCCCCUCCCCACACCGUGAGGGCUGUGGGGGUUGUUCGGCUGUACUACGCGCUGCCGGUUAGUGUGGGUUGGAGGUGUGGAGCGCAUACAUGGGAAGCAUGGUUAAGUACAACAAUAGAUGUACACAAUAUAGCUCUGCAGCAGCUUCUGACAUGUUUUAUGAUUGGCGGUUGCCAUCCAAGUGGCCAACCCUGCUUAGCCUCGAGAUCUGACCAAAUCGGAUGCAUUCAGAAGUGAAUUGGUCAUCGGUGUGGUACUAAAGUUAUCUCAGAGAUUCCUCAUUCAUGAGAUGGAUGCCAUUUAAUUAUUCUACGUUGGGUAGAAUCUAUAGCUGCGUCAGAAAAAUGUGUUUGUAAAUAUCUAAUUUGAAAUAUAUUAACGUUGCAUAAUAUAGGAUAUAACAAGAAUAUGAUUUAAGGUGGGGGAGCAGGGGUAGAGUAUGAGACGUUUAAGUGGUACACAUUCGUGUCAUUGUCUUGGAUGUACAGGGGCAGACCUUUUAUCAGUGAACUGCUAGAUGGGCUCCUACACUCUGUAGGCCACGUGGGUUAUUGGAGGCAGGGAGCAUAGAUGUAGGAGCAUAGAAGUACAUUGCAACAAUGGCUUUUUGAGGCACUACCCUCUUGCCCACUCUGUGUUCCCGGAAAACCGCAGCCUCUUGUAACAAUUUCUGUAUAAAAUAAAGGCUGUGAGUGGA